CGACGAUUUCAUGGGCCAGCUCGAUGCUUCACCAGGAGAAUGAGUACUAUAGAUCAACUGCAGGCUGCUUUCCGAGAUAAAUCGUCCCCAUUCUACUUGGAGCCCGGAUCACAAGGACCAAGUUCUCCAGGUGAUGGAUUCGUCAUCCCAGAGAAAGAAUAUACCCUCGCGCGUGAACUUCAUACUAAAGCUGCUGCUUCAAGUGAGGAGAGUCCUACGGAGUUCUCAGGGCUUUCCGAUGCAGACAAAGAAGGGAGAGAAAAGUUAUUAGGGCAAGGGUUCGAUCCAGAGUCAUUCUUUGAACAAAAAGUCGUUUGGGGAGAUAUGGACUCCUUCCAGCAUGUGAACAACGUUCGAUAUUUAAGAUUUCUAGAAUCUGGUAGAAUACAUUGGAUGCUAAGCCUCGGACGUGAUCUCGGCGGUGAACAAAAGGCGCGCGAGAUGAUAACCGGGAAAGGCAUUUCAUUCAUACUCGGCGAAGUCUCCAUCAAGUUUCGUAGACCUCUUCUAUAUCCGGAUACCCUAAUUGUCGCUCACAAACCUCAUAACCCACAUCCUACGCAUUUCAGCUGCGCUGGUGCGAUUUGGUCGAAUUCUCAACGUGCUAUCGUUGCUACUUCUGAUUCUAAGCUCGUUUGGUAUGACUAUGACCGACUAAAGAAAUGCGAUCCCGGUGCAGAAGCACACGCCGUCCUCGGAAAGCGCAUACGGACAUAGACGUCCC